AUGUGUUAUGUCGUGAUCGCUAAGUUCAUUCGUCGGCGUUUGGUGUUAGCGAUUAUUUUUCUUCUUUCUCUGUCCUACUGUAUGGUGCACCUGAUUCGAAGGAACAACAACCUAAGCUUAAAUGGAGAUUAUCUACAGACGCAGCUGUUGCUGCGUAAAAACAUUAUCUGGACCAAAGCAAGACACACACCAAGGCGUGCUGGUGCAGAUCCGGCCGCGAUUUCGGCGGCGGUUGCAAACGAAACCGACGAACUGCCGGAACCGCUUACCUGCCGGAAUUCGAUCCAGGGCAAAUCGCUUAUCGUAGACGACCGGGGGUAUGUUUGCUCUCGGGUAGACCUGCUAAAGAACGGUUGCUGUAGCGAGUCUGACAUUGAAGGGAAUAUUGAUGCAAAGAAACUGUUUCCGUGUCGUACCUGCCUACCGAAUCGUUGCUGCGCUGUGUAUGAGUACUGUGUGUCGUGCUGCUUAAACCCGGACAAGCGACCAAUCCUGGAGGAAGUAUUAGCCAAAGCGAACGGUAGACAGGUGGCACUGUAUGCCGAAGUAACCGAUCAGUUCGAACUGUGCCUCACCAAGUGUCGCACCAACUCGCAAUCGGUUCAGAAUGAGAACAAGUACAGAAAUCCGGAACAGAAACACUGUUAUGGCGAGAUGAGUGAUGCGUUGUGGCCCUCUGGCAGCGGGAAAGACUCACAAAAAACACUCCCGGAAGAUGUCUAA